AUGGCGAAAGACACGACGUGGGACUUAUACAUUACUUAUCCAUACAUAUUAUGGGAUCCUAUUACUCAAUAUCAAUGUAUUGACAAAAUACAUCCAUUUCGUUGCCCUCUAUGCUCAGAUGAUGGUUGCGGUAUGCCCAAUCCCCUUUUUCGUUCUGGUGAAUGGUUUAAUGGCAGGAUAAAUCGGUUAAAUCCCAGAGUAGUUUAUGGUACUCAUACCUGCACAUUACUAGUCAGUUGUGUUUAUAAAUGCGCUCGUGGUCAUCAAGUUUCAGCUUGUCACGCGGAUAUUUUAGAAACCUUAAUUAAAAAAACCAACGAGGGCGACGUACCAUUUUUCUUGACCCACAGAAACGGUUUCACAGUGGACUUGGCGGUUUUGGCUGAAAAUCUUAUUGAUUCUGGGCUAAGUUUUGAGCAAGUUGAAAUAUUGAUUAGAAUGCAAUACAAAACAACCUAUGAUAAAUUUGCUAGAAAUUUCUGGCAGGUUUUAGAACAAUCAAAGCAAAAUGGUAUCAUGUGUGAAGAGGACAAAGUUUUUUCCCCAGAAUUUUCUGUCGGGAACUUUCCGUGCCCUGGAAAUGAUAUUUUGAUUGACAUUUUUUUGAAACGCUUCUUUCAAAAUGAACAAAUAUAUGUGAAUGCUAUGAAUGGAUUAUCUGCCGACAUGAUUUCAUGUGAUCACACUUUUAAAAGUGCUUGUAAUAUUGGCUAUAAAAGAGCUGAAGAUGGAGCUUGGAUUAACCAAUAUAACUCAAUAUUUUGUAUUCUCAAUGAGCGAGGUGAAAUUAUAAACUGGCAGUUCACAAAAUCUGAAGGUUUCGAUAAAGUUAAAGAUAUGUUUUUGGAUAUCAAAGAGCGCUCUAAAGAUAACUGUUUGGAACUUAUCUGUAUUGAUAACUGCUGCAAAUGA